AUAAUCGCUAGUUCACCGCUCAAUAUGACAGCAUCAAAGAUUUGUCCGGUUGUUUGAAUCCGGUAACGAAUUUCACGCCCACCUCGAACGCAUCACAGCAAAGAUGGAAGUGUACGAAUUCAAGAAAAAUUUCCUAACCCGUCUGCUGGAAACGACCAACGUCCUUAACGGCGGUGGCACCAACAUUCCCGCAUCCGCAAUCCGUUCCGAGUGGAUCAAUUUCGUGGAGGUAGCCGUCGAACCGACGGGCUGGCAGGCGCUCUGGAAGGCAUCGCGCCCGGUCUGUGAGCAGUUGGCUGUAAAGUAUCCGCUCGUUGUGCUCGGGACGGUCGAUCAGGUGUUGUUCGACGAGCUGAAAGCAAUCUUUAUCAUCGAAGCGAUCCAGGACGAUGAUGUGCAUUUGCCAGAGGAACAGAUUACGGUGGAUUUGGAGGAGCUGUGGCCGCUGCGCGAACAGAACAACCCCGCGCUGAACGUGAACAUUACGGCUGAUUGUAUUGAUAAGUUGCGGUUUUUCUACCAGCACUUGUGGAUGCCGUGGGAUAACGAUGCUGAGGAUGAGCAUCAUAGCUGGAUCGAUAAGCAUCUGGAGUCACGGAUUCGGUUUUGUCACGAUCUGAAGAACAAGACGAUGUCACGGCAGCUUUCAUCGCAUGCGUUGGCGCUGCUCGCUGAAGCCCGCUACAUCCAGCGAAAGCGAGACUUUAUUGAGCAGGAGUUGAGUGAGGAGGAGCAGGAACUGGAAACUGAAGAAGAAGAUAACGAGACGUCAAUUCUGAAGGACAACCGAUCGAGUGAGCUUCUGCAGCUUAAUUUACGCUUAAACACGAUCAAAAAUGAAAUCACCAUCCUGGAGAAUCCGGUUAUGCGUGGCGUCUUUGAGAAGGUGCGGUUCGGUGGCGGAGUUGGAAAGAGCAAGGGAGCGGUGGCUCCGAUGGCGUACAUUGUCACACGGGCUGUGCCCAUGGAUGAGCAGCUCACCUAUCUCCAGAGCGCAAAAGAGCUGAUGGAUGCGAAGAUUUCGGUGAAGAUGUGUGACUCUCUGCAGCACGCCCUCGAUCAUUGCAGUCCGGAUAGUGCGAUCUAUCUGCCGCCCGGCACACGACAGGACAUUAAGUUUCUCGAGUACCUCAACAGUGGAGGAUCGUUCCGGGGCGUAAGCAGUGUGUCGUUUGUGGAGGAAUACGACCUGGCUACUAGGAUGAAUCCGGCGAUCGUUUCCAAAAACGAUGACAGCGUGCUGCUGACGAUCGAUGGUGAUUUUACGCUGGAAAACAUCCGGCUCGACUGUGCGAACGUGCGCACCGGUGUGGUCAUCAAGCAGGGAAACAUCAUAUUCCGCAACUGUUGCUUUACGGGCGAUCCGAGCUCGAGCACCAAGCAGGGCAUCGUGAUCUUUGGCAACUGUACGAUCACGUUCGAUCGGUGUGUGAUCAAAGAGUUUUCUACCGGCAUCUACAGCAAUCACGAUUGCACGAUUAACCUGCUACACACCACCAUUAGCCACUGCAUGACGGGGCUGGAAACGCUCGAUCAGUGCGAAAUUUUGUUCCGUUCUGCCAGCAUUAAGCACUGCACACAGUAUGGAGUGCUGUUGGAAGAUUUUAACGAGGACGCCGAAAACAAUCCGCAAGGAUCGGGUACGGUCCUCGCCGAUGGCAGUCGAUCGCAGGUGUUCGAAGACUUCAACAUGAUCGAGCGGGAAGAAUUUACGUUCGAGGGAAGCUGUGAGUUUGGUGAGAACGCGAAGGGCAACUUCGUUAUCCGUAAAGGCUUCAGCGAGCGGUUCAACAGUUCCUGCUUCGUCGAUGAGGACGAGACCCAGCACGAUGUGGAGGAUGGUUUCGAGAAUUCCUCGAUCUGUGACGUUACGAAUGUAAGUUUUUCUGUUAAUCACCUUGAAGCUUCUAAACUUUCCUCAACCAAGCACAUACGGCCGUCGGCGGAGAUUACGGAUUGGUCGGCGGACACAAGUGAGAAGGAGGAGGAGGAGGAUUAUCGCACCGCCAGCGAUACGGGUGUGUCGGGUUCUAUGAGUCGGUCAGAAGCAGAAGAAGAAGAAGAGCUAAGUGGGUUUGGUGAAGAAAACAGUACAAAGGAAGAAGUUAAACAUUCGUUGCGGGAAGUGCAUAAGCCAGAAGAGUCGUGCGAAAGUGAGCCCGGGCUGGAUGAUCGCGAUGAUCAAAUUAUAGAGAUUGAUGAUACAGUUAUUGAAAUCGAUUGAUGGCUGAACUGCAGGCCCCCAAGUUGAUAUGGACAUUCAGCCGAUGGAAGAUUGAUCAGUUACGCAGCCGGAUUGCAAUUGAAUCGAUUCACGUACGCAACCACAUCAUCUUGAAGCUGUCAAAACAAGCACACAGAGAGAGCUGUCAAACAUCUACAGACGCAAUCGCAUCAUUGUAAAGGCUUUGUUUUUACUUUUUAUCAAGUUAUAAAUAAAACGAUAUUUUAUACUGCACAACAACUAA